AUGUUGAAGCACUGGUCUCUCAGGCUGAGUGGAGGAGAGGGAAGCUGCUCUGGGAGGUUGGAGGUGUAUCAUAACGCUACGUGGGGCUCCGUUUGUGAUGAUCAGUGGAACAUCAGGAACGCUCAGGUGGUGUGCAGACAGCUGGGCUGUGGGUCGGCGCUGAGUGCUGAUAGGAAUGUUAGUUCUGGUCCUGGUGAAGGGACUAUCUGGCUGAACAGAGUGAAGUGUCGAGGGGAUGAGAUUCACCUGUGGGACUGUCAUCAUUCCCUGAAGAAACACACUGACUGCUCUCAUGCUGGAGUCACCUGUGCAGAUGUGUCCACUACUACACCCACCACCACCACCACCACCACAUCAGAUAUACCUGUGUCCACCAGCACCAAAAUACAAAAAUGUCCUCCUCCUUUCCAAAGACAUGUUGCCAAAUGUUUUCCAAAGACAUGUUACAUGGAUUGCCGAUACUAUUGUAACAUGUUACUCUGGGCCGCCCCCUAGUGGUGGGAUUGUGCAAACAAGCCACAAGAGGAGAUGAACCUAGCGGACUGGCAUAAAGUUGGCUUUACAUUGGACGUUCAGUAUUCGCAGAUAUGCGCAAAUUAAGGGACCAUCUCUAAAGUUACAUAUUGUUAUACAUGUUUCUAACUUCAAUAGCAUUCGAAGGGAAUGACUUACAGUCAUAAAACCAACUGUAAAGUGUUCAUCUAGGUGUUUUAUCAAAAAUCUAAAAAGUCUGCAUCAUACCUGACACCUACAGGAACACUUUACAGUUGGUUUUACGACCAAGUCAUUCUCUUCAAAUGAUAUUGAGCUUUAAAUUAUGGUAUAUUUUGUGUAUCUGUCCAUACGGUA